UUAAUAUGUAUUCCCUUGGAUAAACACAGUCUUCGCCAAAUCACACAAAAAUGGACACCCUCGAAGCGGAAGAAUUCGACUACGGCGAGUUGAAGAACGACACCGCCUUCAUCAAGAAAAAUGAAACCCUAUCCGAGUGCAUCGAGCGGAUCCGACAGAAUCUGGCCGUUGCCCGGGAGGACUACAAAAACUACGAAAGCUUCACGCUGGAGGAGAAGGUCAAGUACGAUCUGCAUCUGUCCUACAGUAUCAACUCGCUGUACUGGAUGUACUACAAAAUCAUCGGAUUGGAUCCGAACAAGCACGGAAUCAAAGACGAACUGACUCGCAUCAAGGCGGCCAUGGUCCGGGAGAAGGAAAUCUACGACCGCCGGUUCAACCGGCCGCUGCUAGAUCAAGGAGCCGCCAAGCGGUUCGUUCGGGCCGGACUGUACGACCACAAGAAUCGUGAUAAACCGAUGGACAAGGCGGACACCCCGCCCAACAAGAAGAUUCGGUUCGAAGAUUAAUGUCCGGUGGAAGGAAAUAACGAGCAACACGCUUCCUGGGGGUACAAAUUUUCUAUUUUGUAUAAUAUAAUAACUUUUGUGUCUAUAAUAGGCUAGAUCCGAAUACUGUUAGCUGUAAUUUAUCCACUAUUUUU